AUGGCAACCAAAGUGGAGAUUACAGCUGGAGGAGCCAUCCUAAUCUCAGCUAUGGGAAUCGAAAUCAGAACUUCAAUUCUGGAAACAGAACUUCAAGCUUCACUGCUGGGAUUAACAAUCCAGAACAAUGUCCCGCUCAGAAUUCAGUUCAGUGAUUUUAUUGAAGAACAAGGCAAGGUCAACAAGGCAGCUGUUAUGAAGUUCAAGCAAGUUGAUCAAGCUUUGGAGGACAUUGAUGAAAAGAUUAAUGAGCUAGGAGCAACCAUGCAACAGGUGCUCAAUGCCAAUAAGAUGCUUGAGACCCAAGUCUCUCAGCUAGCAAGCCUGGUAUCCAAGAAUGAUGACAAGCCAGUUAUGCCAGUUGAGGAGGACAUCACUGUUGAAGAAGUUGAAGCUGAAAAGCUCUAUGUGAACAGCCCGCUGCUGGACGCGAUGCAAGUUCCCACAUACUCGCGCUAUGUGAAGGAUACUCUGCUCAACAAGAGGAGUUUGCCUAGUUCUGAGAUAAUAAAGAUAAUGGAGGAAUGCAGUGCUGCCAUUUCAAGCUCGAUAAAGAAGAAGGAUCCUGGAAGUCCUACCAUCCCUUGUUCCAUUAGAGACAAGCAUUUUGAGCUAGCUCUAUGUGACCUUGGAGCAAGUGUGAGCGUCAUGCCAGAGUCCAUCUACAACCAGCUGGGUUUGCCCUUAUAUGAAUCUGCCAUUUUCAGCAUUGAGUUGGCAGAUAAGUCAGUUUGCUACCCAGUGAGCACCGCUGUGGAUGUCCCGGACAAAGUGGGAGACUACAUUGUUCCUGUUGACUUCAUUGUCCUGGAGAUGGAGGAAGAUUCGAAGACACCAUUGAUACUUGGAAGGCCAUUCUUGAAGACCGUCAAUGCUACUAUUGACGUUGGCAAAGGAGAAAUCAAGACAGAAAUCAAUGGGACUGAGAACACCUUCCUUUUUCGCCCAAGAGUUGAAGUUUGCAGCAUGAUCAACUCCAAGGAAGUAUAUGGGCCGCCACAUAAGUGUAAGGAGACCAAGGGAGAGUCUAUGCCUGUCAUGAUUAACCACUGGGUUUAG